CGUUAAAUUCUCAUUUCGUCACGAUGCCUACGUCUCCAAGCGCAACAUCUGUCGGAGCUGGAAAAAGCAGUGGGGCCGCUGCCGGGAAAUCAGCCCCCAGAGCAGGAGCCGGAACAGUCAGACAAAGAAAAGUUCCAGCCUCAACAGUGGGAUCUAAAAAGUCAUCAGGUGGUGCUGGUGGGGCAGGGAUGUGGAGAUUCUACACUGAAGAUUCUCCUGGAAUUAAAGUGGGUCCAGUUCCGGUUUUAGUGAUGUCCCUUCUAUUCAUUGCCUCAGUUUUUAUGCUGCAUAUUUGGGGAAAAUAUACUAGAGGCUAAGACUCAUUGUUUGUUUGAAAAAAUGAUUGACUGAAUGUAAUAUAGGUGAUAUAACAGUAUAUUUAUAUAUAUAUGUAUAUAUGUGUGUGUGUGUGUGUGUGUGUAUGUAUCUAUUUAUUCAGAUAUGUGUAUAUUUAACUGAAUAAUAUACAUUUCCAUUGCAAUUGUUUAUUUGUGUUCAUGAUAUAAUAUUUGUUAUUUUGUUUAAGCUAUUUGUUUAAAUAAUAAAUAAAUAAAAUAAUAAAGUAAAUAAUUAAGUGUUAAUUUUAACGAAUGAAUAUUUAAAUAAAUAUAUGGAUGAUUGAUUGAAUGAAUUGUAUUAUUCUAUUUUCAUUAUCAUGAAUUAUCUAACUUUAUGUUACGCUAUAAAUAGCUUGACACGAGGCCCAUUUAACGUUAAUAAUAUAUAACGAUGAUGGUGAUAAAUGUGUAAUUGUAACAACAAUGAUAUAGCGAUUACGAUGUUGAUUUAUAGCGGUAAGGACGUUGCAAUGUUAAGCAAUGAUUCCAGAAAUGAGAAUUUAGUCCAAGUGGUCGUCUUUUUGGGUGAAUUGUUUGCAUUCUGUUUUAUUCUAAAUUUUUUCUAAAACAAUUUAUGUCGGCUGUUUUUUGGUCUGUCGGUUAAUUCAAUGAAUAUGCCUAAACCGCCAAUAAAAGUAAAAAGUCCAAACUAAGUUUUGGAAAUUUUUGGUACAUUUCAGCUGGUAUCGUAGCUGCAUUGUUUUUAUUUGCCGUCAUGGUUGGAUUCAUUGUGAAGAAAAAAAUUAAAAGAUCCAGAGGAAGAUGAACAGAAAAAAAAGAAGAAGAGAAAGAAAAAAAUGAAAAAAAUGAAGAAGAUGCCCAAUCAGAAGCCGACACAGAAGAUUAGGAGUCAUCGUCAAUCAGGAAACGCUUUGCAAAACUGUUUUGAUAAUUAAAUAAAACUGAAUACUUAUUCAGUGAAAGAGAAUUAAACGAACAUA